CGACUCUGUGUUAUCAUACAAGCAUCUACUGAAUUUCUCAACAUAUCAACAAUGUUCUCUCUCAGACAAUCCGUUCUUGCUAUCGCGGUUUUGUCUAUUGGCAUUGUCAACGCCACCACUGGUGAUGCUACCUGGUACACUCCCAACGGCAACUACGGGGCGUGUGGUACCAAGUUGCAGAACUCCGACAACGUUGUCGCGCUCUCCAGUGCCAAGUAUGAUGCAGGCGCACACUGUGGGAAGCGCAUCAAAGUAUCCUACAAAGGCAAAUCCGUAGAUGCUACCGUUCGCGACCUCUGCCCUGGAUGCGGUACCAACGGGAUUGACCUUUCGUCGUCCGCAUUCCAGGAGCUCGCUGGUCUUGAUGUUGGACGUAUUCAGGUGACCUGGAACUACGAGUAG